UUGCUUAGUUGAAAAUUUGUCGUUGACUUCAUCUUCCAUCCUGUAGAUCCAGUUUCAAUGGCUUCCAGUUCUUCCUCUAUCGCUAAUGCUAGCAGCUAUGACGUUUUCCUAAGCUUCAGGGGCGAAGAUACUCGUCAUUCUUUUACCGAUCAUCUUUACAAAACAUUAAGGGGAGCAGGAAUCGGUACUUUUAGGGAUAACGAAGAAAUUAGGAGAGGUGAAGAAGUGAAGCCGGAGACCGAGACAGCCAUUAAAGAAUCUAAGGCUUCAAUCGUUGUAUUGUCAGAAAAUUAUGCAACUUCCACUUGGUGCCUUGACGAGCUUGUUCUGAUCCUUGAACAAAGGAAGGAGGGGAAUCAUUUCGUUCUACCUGUUUUUUAUCAUGUUGAUCCUUCUGAUGUGAGGAAACAAAAUAAAUCUUUCACAAUUGAAGUCAAAGGCUCUUCAAGGUGGACAGAUCACAACGUGAACACGUGGAAGAAAGCUCUUACAGAGGUUGCUAAUUUGGCGGGCAUGGUUCUGUCCGGGUCCGAAACAAUUUUUUUGAAGGAAAUUGUUGACACCAUUUACAAUAAGCUGGAUCGCAAAGAAGUUCAUCUUCCACCCAAUCUAAUAGGGAUGGCCACUCGAUACGAGGAGAUCAAUUCGUGGUUAAAUCAAUCCGAUGUCGAAUUUUUAGCAAUUUGUGGCAUGGGUGGUAAUGGCAAGACAACUCUGGCGAAGUAUAUUUACGAUUCAAAUUGGAGAUAUUUUGAAAACACGAGUUUUGUUGAAAACAUUGGUCGAAGAUGUAAAGAAUCCCAUGAUUUGCUUGAGCUACAAGAACAACUUCUCAACGAUAUUUUAGGUGGUAAGAAAAGAAAAAUACCCAGUGUUUCUCAGGGUACAUGUAAGAUUGAGGAAGCCUUAAGAACAAAAAGGACGCUUAUUGUUCUUGAUGACAUUGCUGAACAAAGUCAGUUAGUGGAUUUACUUGGAACCGGAGCGAUCAAUGCACAAAGCAAGAUUAUAAUAACUACAAUUAGGGAAAAUACAAAAAAUUGGUUCAAGUCCACAUAUUCUAGGUGUCAAGAGUAUAAAAUAAAAUUAUUAAAUGAGGAUGAGUCGUUAGAGCUUUUAAGUCGUCAUGCAUUUGGUUCCAAAGUUCCCAUGGAAGGUUUCGAAGAGCUUGCAAUACAAGCAAUACAAUAUUGUGAAGGAAAUCCUCUCGCUGUUGAAGUGUUGGCUUCUUCUCUAUCUAAUGAAAAUACCAUUUUAUACUGGAAAAGUCGAUUGAAUUUCUUGGAUAAAGAUUUUGAUUCUCGAAUCCAAAGUGUACUUAAAACGAGCUACGAGUCAUUGCCAUCUAUCUUAGAGAAAGAAUUAUUUUUGCAUAUUGCUUGUUUCUUUAUUGGCAAAGACAAGGAUUAUGUGGUAAAGAUAUUGGAGCUAGAUUAUUGUGCAUUAUCUGGGAUCAAAACCCUAUCCAACAAAUGCCUUCUUUCCGUUUCACCAAAUAAUAAACUGAUGAUGCAUCGAUUGAUUCAAGAAAUGGGGAAAAGUUUGGUUCAUCAAGAGUCACCAAAAUUCCCUGCAAGACGUAGUAGAGUCUGGCUUAGUAGUGAUUCUUAUAAGAUAUUUCAUAAGGGAGAGGGUUCAGAAACAAUGGAAGGUUUAGCACUUGACAUGCAAUUGUUAAAGGAAGAUAAGGUUGCAUUCAAGUCACUAGACCUCAAGACAGAUGCACUUAAAGAGAUGGAUAAACUAAAAUUGCUCCACUUAAAUUUUGUGUAUCUCAACGGGUCUUACGAGAAUUUUUCAGAAGAUUUACGAUGGCUCUGCUGGCUUGGAUUCCCUUUAACAACCAUACCCUCUGACUUAUUCAUGGGAAACUUGGUGGCUUUAGAUAUGAGCUACAGCAAAUUGGAAGUAUUUGAUCCGCCCAUGGUUCUUCAGUCAUUGCAGAUUCUAAAUCUUAAAGACUCAUAUGAUCUAUUUGAAAUCCGCAACAUGUCGAUGAUUCCUCAGCUUGAGACUUUGAUUCUUUGGAACUGUCACAGUCUUGUUCGUGUUUCUGAAACCAUUGGAGACCUGACAAGUCUUGCACUACUAAACAUGACAGGGUGUAAAAAGUUGUUAGUAGGAGUUGCAGAACAACAUGCGUUUUCCUUCCCACAUUCAUUACACCGAUUAUUCCUCAAGGACUGCAAUCUUGAGUGUACCGAUUCUUUUACUCUGAGUUUCAGUGUUCAAAUAUCUUUGCAGUACUUGAAUUUAGGCAAUAGUCUAUUUGAGUGUCUACCUUGUUAUGAUCAUCUAAAACAUCUUCGGGUCCUUGACUUGAGUUUAUGCUCAAGACUUAAAUGGCUUGUAUGUCUCCCAAGUACGCUUGCAGAACUGUGUGUAUACUACUGUAUGUCAUUGGAGAUAAUAACUUUCCAAGAACACCGAUUCACAUUGCAAGAGUUUGGCUAUGAAGGAUGUAUUUCUUUGUCUGAAAUUGAAGGCUUUAUUAAAUUGGUUCCUUUAACCAAACUUGAGGAGAAUGAUUUGGCACACAUGAAGUGGCUAAAAGAAUAUGAAAAUCAGGAGGUUUGCCUGGUUGGUGAUGAUGAGCUCACCAAAGGCAGAACUCGGUGUGUCCAUAUGUUGUAUGAAUUCGAUAUAAUGAGCACAUCUCUGCCAGACAUCAAGAAUCCAAACCUGAAGCCUAUGUAUGUAUCAGCAUCAUCAACUUUGUCCUUUGAGGUGCCUGUGUGUCCCAAGAAUAGGAAGCUCAAAGGACUUGAUGUAACUCUAAGAUAUACAAUAUCAGGUGAUGAUGAUUUUGCAUGGUUCUGUAAAAUCACUACUUCCAAUGGUGAUGAUUUGAUGUACAACCCCAAAGUCUUUGGAAAACCUGAUUCUUGUAAAGUUGGUAUAUGGUUCAGCUAUUGGCCAAUUGGAAACACAUUGAAUGUUGGAGAUAAAGUAAGUGUCUCUAUUGUUGUAAUGAGUGGAUUGGAGGUAUCUGAAUGUGGUGUGAGCCUUGUUUAUGCUGAUGAUGAAGCAGCUGAGGAAACCUUGGAAAAUAACAAGGGAUGGGUAGAAAUUCUUGGAGGAGAUUUGACUGGAUUCCAACUAAGCACAGGAGCAUACUAUCUUUGUCGUCGUGAUUUUUAUGAGUUGAUGGAGGUUGGUAGACUAACUCCUGAUUGGUUUAGAAUUUUAGUUGGUGAUACCGUUGACAACAUAGAGGUACGAGGAUGGAGAAAGACAGGUCGACCUAAGCAGUUGAAUCCAUCAUUUACAGAGUUGAAAACUGUUCAAUGCAUCAUCCAUGGUCCUCAAUCGGAGGAAAUAUACAAGGUCGCAGAGAUGUCAAAAUCAUCUUUUGUGGAUAAAACUUCAAGCAUGCUUGUGAAUAAAAUGAAAUCUGGCACAACAUUUAAAUUUAGUGAUGCAACAACAAAGGCAGGGGACUUGGCUGGAGCUGCAGCUGCAACUGCAUCUGCAUCUGCAUCUAAAUUUGCUGAUAAGUUUCCUACUUCUCACUUAGCUCAAAUGAAGGAGUUGGAUGAGGUCUGCAAUGUAGAGGACAUAUUCCUCUAG